CCUCUGGGUGACGGGAAGGCUGGACACUCUCCCGGCCAGGGACCCUAGCGGGACUUGAUUUGGAGGAAGGGCACAGGAAAAGACCGCUACCUAGUUCAUCCUUGAACUGGUUUUCCUCAGCAAUGCUGUUCAUUCUUUGCAUCACUCAACGAAAAGAAUAUCUAUAUCAUGAAUCCACUGUGUGCGAGGUGACUUCACCCUGGGAAGUAAUUCUGAGAAAAACCUUCCUGCCUCGGGCUUGAUUCCACUAAGUAUAUCCCACCUCCAGGACUGGCAGGAGGGGAAAUGGAGGAGGCCAACCUGAGAAAGAGGAGAGAGGAGGAGAAGUCGAUGCAGAGCAACGAACCCAAGACCACAAAUCUCCAAAAGGAGCUGGGCCUGUUCAGUGGCAUCUGCAUCAUCGUGGGCACCAUCAUUGGCUCCGGGAUCUUCAUUUCCCCCAAAUCUGUGCUCAGCAACACGGAGGCUGUGGGGCCCAGUCUCAUCGUAUGGGCGGCUUGUGGGAUUCUUGCGACACUGGGGGCUCUGUGCUUCGCGGAGCUUGGCACAAUGAUCACCAAGUCAGGGGGCGAGUACCCUUACUUGAUGGAGGCCUUUGGCCCCAUUCCUGCCUAUCUCUUUUCCUGGACCAGCCUGUUCGUCACAAAGCCCUCGUCCUUUGCCAUCAUCUGUCUGAGCUUCUCUGAGUACGUUUCUGCGCCCUUCUACUCAGGCUGCAACCCUCCUCAAAUUGUCGUUAAAUGCCUGGCUGCCGCUGCCAUCUUGCUCAUCACCAUAGUGAACGCGCUGAGCGUGCGGCUGGGGAGCUACGUCCAGAACGUGUUCACAGCAGCUAAGCUGGUGAUCGUGGCCAUCAUCAUCAUCAGUGGACUUGUCCUCCUGGCCCAAGGAAAUACAAGAAAUUUUGAAAAUUCUUUUGAGGGCCCAAAACUGUCUGUGGGAGCCAUCAGUCUGGCAUUUUAUAAUGGACUCUGGGCGUAUGAUGGAUGGAAUCAACUCAACUACAUAACAGAAGAACUUAAAAACCCUUUCAGAAACCUGCCCCUGGCCAUCAUCAUUGGGAUCCUGCUGGUGACAGGGUGCUACAUCCUCAUGAACGUCUCCUACUUCACUGUGAUGACAGCCACCGAGCUCCUGCAGUCCCAGGCUGUGGCCGUGACGUUUGGUGACCGCGUCCUGUACCCCGCUUCCUGGGUCGUUCCACUCUUCGUGGCAUUUUCGACCAUCGGAGCUGCUAAUGGGACCUGCUUUACUUCGGGCAGACUUGUUUACGUUGCAAGCCGGGAAGGCCACAUGCUUAAAGUCCUCUCUUAUGUUAGUGUCAAGCGCCUCACUCCAGCCCCGGCCAUCAUCUUUUAUGGCAUCAUAGCAACCAUUUAUAUCAUCCCUGGGGACAUAAACUCAUUAGUCAAUUACUUCAGUUUUGCUGCAUGGCUGUUUUAUGGCCUGACGAUCUUUGGACUGAUUGUGAUGAGGUUUACAAGGAAAGAGCUGGAAAGGCCUAUCAAGGUGCCCAUUUUCAUCCCCAUCUUGGUGACUCUCUUAUCCGUGUUUUUGGUUUUGGCUCCAAUCAUCACCCAGCCUGCAUGGGAGUAUCUCUACUGUGUGUUAUUCAUACUCAGUGGCCUUCUGUUUUACUUCCUUUUCGUCCACUAUAAGUUUCGAUGGGCUCAGAAGAUCUCAAAGGGACAUACAAGGUACCAAAAAGUGAAACCCAACUGCAAGGUGGAGAAGCUGGGCCCUGCGACUGAGCCAGCUCCCUCCUCCAUGUCCUCACCUGUGCAAUCUGGUACCACCCCUCACCUGACAGCGGUGUUACAAACAAGAAUGAAUCUGUUUCCUGCUGAUUAACAAAGUGAAACCAAAACCAAAAUAUGGCUUUAUUAUUUCCCAAGGACUUUUCUCCUUUCUUGAACUAGCUCCCGCUACCCACAACCUCUUUAAGCCCUAAACUGAGAGAGGGCUUGCAGGCACGCUACCGUAGAAAGGAAAGAAAAUGUAUCACUAUCAGAAAAGCUGCCACUUUUCCCCAUGUGUGACAAUGAAUUUGGAUUUGAUCACACUGACAGACAAUCUAGCCCGGGUAACUUACAACCUAAAGUUCCAAAUUACGUCUUCUUUCUCAGCUUUAGAAUAUUUAGGCAAGCUGUUCCCUACAAAAACCGGUAAGAAGUUGGAAUUCAGGAUGUUAAAAGAAUGAACAACGUGCAUUUUAAACAAAACAGGCUUAGUGACUAUCAGAUUAAAUACUCAACCCUGGUCAGUGGUAGUUAAAGACACACAUAUAAUCGAGUCAUCCAUCGUUUUCCUUUGGAGCGAAUGGUUUGGUGGCAAUAAAAAUAAUCAGUAGGUUCCUAAUGCUUUAAUGGGAAAUAACGUCUCUCCCAAGAACCACCGUGGCUCCCAGGGAUGCUCUGCCUCCCUCUGCCCAGCAGGGUCCCGAGUGUGGGCCGUUGGCAGAGACAUUCGGCCAAGGAGGAAGGAUGAGCGCGGCGAAGCCAGCCGUGGGGGACA